AUGUCACCCCGUCGUUCCUCUCGGGCUCGCACGUCCCAGCCGUCUCCUGCUCUGCCACAGCACACCAACUCCUCCUCUAGCUCCUCGAAUUCCCAUACUAGGGAAAGAAGCACACGAUCGAACCAUAAAAAUCCCUCUCCUCACACAUCUUCCGGUCACCGGUCUCAGUCUAUCGAUGAUGCUGAGACCGGAUCAAAAGACCUCCCACAAACGCGGCAGCGCCAGCGCGCCCACGAAGACGAGGAUGAUGAACCCCAAGAUGAUGACGAUGAUGACCUCGAUGAUGAUGAGGAGGAAAUCACUCGGUGUCUCUGUGCCCAGCAAGAGUAUCCGGGUUUGCCUCAUUCCCGUCGCGAGGCGCUCGGUCGGGGCGCCAUCAAGCUAGAGGCAGUUCAGGGCCCUCUUGACCCAUCAGACCCUUUGUCGGACGAGAUCGGCAGCAUGUUCAUUCAGUGUGAUCUCUGCAAAGUCUGGCAGCAUGGUGGCUGCGUGGGCAUCAUGGACGAGGCAACGAGUCCCGACGAAUAUUUCUGCGAGGAGUGCCGCAAAGAUUUGCACAAGAUCAAAGACGAACCUAAUGGUGCACGCUCGUCAACUUACCUCCCUGUCGCACCGGCACCCGCAGCAGCCGCUCCGCCUCCACCGCCUCCUCCUCCACCUCCCCCUCCGCCGCCGCCAGCGGUGACCCCAGUCGUGCCAGUCGUGGCGCCGUCUCCCGCGCCGUCUUCCCGAGCUUCUUCGAGGGAUCUUUCCAGAGAAACCUCGCGCAGGUCCAAAGAUCCCAAAUCACGGAAUAGUGACAGAGCCAGUGAAAGUGCUGCUGCUCACGCCAAACGGCGGUCAACUAUGAACAGCAGGGAUGCCGCAUAUGACGAAGAAGAAUUGAUCCGACGCGCCAUUGAGGAGAGCAAGGCCGACACGAAAAGCAGCCCAGGCGAAACAGAAACUCGCCUUGGAAAGCGAAGUCGAAGUGACAGUGUAACCAACAGAGAUGGAGCCAAACGCCCUCGAACUGCGUCACCGUCACCCGGCGCUGUCUCAAAACGGAGUAAUUCCGCUUCUCAUGUACCCUCCGACGACGAGGCGAAACAAAAGCCCACAGUCAAUGGAAAUGGGACUCGCAGGCAGCGAGCUCCUUCUCGAAGCCAGCUCGAUAAAGAGGCGGCGAAAGAGGCGGACGAGGUCGACACGGAGGCCCCGGAGGCCUCGAAUCGUCGCAAGGAAAGAACAAACCGGCGCAAGGGAGAUGGUCAGUGGCCUCAUCACCCCGCUAAUAGCUGCCAAUUACUCACAACUCAAGCAGAAUCCGAUCAUGAAACUGGAUCUCCGACCAAGACUGCCCCGCCCGAACCCGAGCCUUCACAGGCAAGCCCUAAUACCCCCACACCCCAAGAACCUACUCCUGCACGACCAUCAACUCGUAAGUCUGGCCGACCUCCUGCUCGACGUGGUCGCGUUGGUCGAAACCAAUAUACCAAAGACCGAGACACGAACGGCAAUGGGGAUGUUGGUUAUAUGGCAAACUCACCGCGCCGAGGCCACUCGCACGAGAUUGGCGGAGAUUCCCCCCGUAUUGGACACGGGGUGAAUGGCACCCAUAUUAACGGUGGGGAGUCCGGGCGACCCAGCAAGCCCCGCCACAUGCACCCGCAGCGAACGACCAUGAACGAAAUGAAGCGCCGAGUCGCCGCAAUUCUGGAAUUCAUCUCCCGCAUGCAGGUCGAGAUGGCAGUCGCGAGUGAGAACUCCUCGUCGCCAACAGGCAACGGUGACCGAGCGCAAGGUCUACUUUUGAAAAGCAUGGUCGAUCAAAUCGACAGCGCCAUGCCGUCAGCCGGCAGUGACGGCGGCGAGUCUGCUCCUGCGACCACCGAUGGCGGAUAUGGCGAGUCCACUCACGAAAAAGAUUUCAAGGAACUCAGCAGCGUCGAGAUGAUGGACGUGCUGACUCGCCAUCUGCUCAAGUGGCAGCAGGAGUAUGGCAAGUUUGGAGAACGGUAG